UAAUUGAAAUCAUUUGAUACAUAUUUUUAUUGGCGAAGUUUAUAUAUAUAUAUAUUGAAGAUCGUGACUAUUUGGAAUAUAAAAUUCAACGAAUCAAGAAGUUUUAAGUGUUUUUUUUUUAUAUUCCUAAUCUAAAAGCAAGGGACUUUUCAAAAUGUCAAAGGUCUUGGAAGUAUGCGUUGAUAGUUUGGAGUCAGCUCUUACUGCAAUGAACAGCGGUGCUGAUAGAAUCGAAUUAUGCUCGUCGUUAAUUCAAGCGGGUCUCACUCCAACUCCUGGUAUGCUAGUCCAGAUUCAAAACUUGAAUUCCAAAAAGGUGCCAAUAUUUUGCAUGCUUCGUUGUCGUCCAGGAAAUUUCAUUUACAAAACAGAAGAAGUUGAAAUAAUGAAAGAAGACGCAAAAAUUUUAAGGCGUAAUGGAGCAGAUGGAUUUGUAUUUGGAGCAUUGGCUGAGAAUGGAGAUGUAGAUAUGAAAGUUUGUCGAGAAAUUAUUAAAGCAUGUCAUCCACUACCUGUAACUUUUCAUCGAGCGUUUGAUUUUUGUAGACGACCCACCAUUGAAGUUGAAGUGAUUAUUGACUUAGGAUUUGAACGUAUUUUAACUAGCGGUAAGCAGAAAAGUGCACAAAUGGGAGUGAAAUUGAUAAAGAAAUUAAUGGAUCAAGUUGAAAAUAGAAUUAUUAUAAUGCCUGGUGGUGGAAUAGACAAGGAUAACUUAAAAUUUAUUUUGGAAAAUACAGAUGCAAAAGAAAUUCAUGGAUCUUUUAAGAAAGUAAAAGAACAAAGCAUCAAUGCUGAAGAGACAGAGACUCUACUGGAGGAGAAAGAUGUUCAUAUAUAUGUUACAGAUGGGGAUAUUGUCGCAGAAAUAUCAAAUUUAUUGAAGACUGUGUAAAGUGAAAACAUUGUUUUAAAUAGAUCUCUCUUAAUGUUAUGCAUUAAUGUAAAUAGUUGAAUUCUCUAUGUUCUAAAUUAAAAUUCACUGUAUGUCGACAUAUAAAAUGAGUUUC